AUGGCUAUAACUCUCGCCCUUCUUUCACUCUAUCCUUCUUCCACGGCCUUCACCCAUGCCCAACAACAAUACACGCCAACCACCUACUAUGGCUCGCAAUCAGCAUUCGCCGAGGGUAAAGCCAUCUACAUCCACGGUGGAAGGGCCGUCUUGACUGACGCCAACCCACCCUCCAACCAAACUUUUCUGCUCGACCUCUCAACUCCUUGGUCCAUCGAGAGCCCUGUCUUUCGCCAGCUAGCAUCUGGGUUUCCAUCCGAGGGGGCCACAAGCGCACUCUACAACAACAAAAAUACUUGGUACCUCUCUAACGACCAGAAUGUCGCCCUCUAUGACGUCCAGAAGAACACCUGGGGCCCUACCCUGCGAUACAACAGCAGUAACCCGGACUUUAACAUGGUCGCCGUCGCGGAUCCGAUCAACAACUCUGUCUAUGUCGUCAAUGGAUGGCAGGCUGACUCCAAAUUGUCCAACCCAGUCAGUACGAUGCGUUAUGAUGAGGUGACGGGCCAGAUCUUUCCUGCUGGGAACAGUGUCCCCGUGAGUGGUGGUUAUGCCGCGGUCUGGAGCACGAAACGAAGCUCGAUCCUUGUCCAUGGUGGAUAUAACAAGGCCCGGACUAUUAUGCAACGCGUCCUGUACGAGUACAUCCCCAUCACGGAGCAGUACAUCCCCAUCACUGACAAAGGCGACGUCCCACCUCCUCGGUAUGGGCACUGUAUGGUGGAGGCGUACGGCGGCAGCAAGAUUAUUCUCUUUGGAGGAGUCACCAACCAGAAUCCGACGAGUGCCGAUAUUUUCAUCUUUGACGUGGCGACUUUGACGUGGACACAGGGCCAGACAGGAGACUCGACCGUUGGGCGAGCGUACGCCGCCUGUGCUGUCACCAACGACAUGUUUGUUGCCUGGGGUGGAGCCACGCAGUUGGACAACGUCUUUAGUGUCGUCAAGACCCCGACGAUUGUGUACAACUUGAAGACGAAUGGGAACGGUGCCUGGCAAAAGAACUUUUCGCCCGACAGCGAUGUCGCGUCGUCACACGUUGGAUCUAUUGUCGGAGGGGUCCUUGGUGGAUUGGCGCUGAUUUCAGGGAUGGUGCUCGGGUUCGUUGUCUACCGUCGCAGGAAACGCGCAGGGGCUGAGAAAAAUUCUUUGCCGAGGGGAGGAGGUUCUGAAUCCAACUCGGACUACUCAAUUACGCUCAAGCACGAGGGAGGAGAGGGCACUCAACGCGCAUCCUAUGUGGUCCAUGCACCCGUCGCUACCGAUAUCUCACCCAUGGCCCCCACCGGAUACGAAUCGUCAGCCUACACAGCCAUCGGCUACGCUCAACCUAGCAAUCAACCCCAGCCCCAGGUCUACAAUCCUGUCGGUGCCGCUCCUGUCGUCGAUGGUUCAAUGUACUACACAGGAUACACCCCUCCAACACAGCAAAUCUACAACCCCGCGGCGAGUGCUCAAGGAUACCCAGUUAUCUACCAGCCCCCUCUUGUGGCCCAACCUUAUCUCGCCGCAGACUCACCACAAUUCCAGCACCAACAGACAGCAUACCAAUUGCCACCGCACAACCACGAUCCUUCUGCCAGUUACGCCGGCUACAGCCCACCCGUCGUUGCCUCUGCUGUUCCAUCACCGAAGAUGGCAUGGACCAACUCGCCUACAGUCACCGCUGCUUCUGCAACGGAUGCCAGUGGCGGGGGUGGUGGUGGCGAUGGUGGUAAUGAACCCAGAGUGACUGUAGGAGGUAACGGACAAUCGUACAGCAAGGAUGAGGUUACCCGUCGCAACCCGCAGGGGACGGAAUGA